AGAAUUAUUAAUUUUUUUGCAAAGAAAUCUAAUUAUUUUUAUAAUUUUUUAAUUUAAACUAUGUCAAUCUACUCUGGUUUUGCCAACAGAUAGCUUGAGUCUAACUAUAAUAGAUUAAUAGAAGGUACGUUGCGUAUUUUAUAAAGUCGAAUUCUUAAAUUUUAUGAGGAAUUUCCAGAGGAUGACAAAAAUUUCAUCAAAUUACUAAGCAAAAAUGUAAGUUAUUUAGCGAUUAUGGAAAGAAAUAAAUACUUGCCUCCAAAGCUCUCUGAAUGCUUGAAAGAUAUAUGCUCAUUUUUAGAAAUAGAAAUUCCUUCAAAUGAAUAGCAAGCGAUAAAUGGAAAUAUUAAUAAUUUAUAGCAAGAGGGACUCUAAAGAAAUAAUUCAUUUACAAGAAAAUCUCUUAAUAAAUCACCAACUUAGCAAAAUAAUUAUUAAAGAACUUUUUCUCCAAUUCACAAUGAUUAUUCAACACUCAAAAGAUCAAACUCUCCAGGAUAAUUAAGGGCUCAUUCUCCUAAAGGUGGAAAUAGUAUUAAUUACUCGAACUCUAAAAAAUCUUUAUCUCCUAUUCCUCAAAAUAACAACUAAAUCAAUUAAAAGAGAAAUCAAAAUGGUAAUUAUAGGACAAUAUCACCUAGAGGUACAAAUUAAAACAGAACUUAAACAUAAAAUAGCUAAUAAAAAUUAAAUAGAGAUAAUUCGAAUGGAAAAAUGUAACCAUUUCCUUCAGUUGUAUAAUACAGCAAUUAAAAUUCACAACAAUAAUAUACUAAAAUGAAUCCAAACUAUCUAUAUAAUUACAAUGUAAAAAAGUAGCCAUUAUUGGUAAGCAAGCAGCAAAAUAAUAACAGAAGCCAAUCUCCUAAAGGAGGAUAUGUCUAAGGAUAUUCAAAUGUAAAUACUUAAUACAAAUCAUAAAAUAACUCAAGAAUUAAUUCACCUCGAUUUUCAUCAAGUAACAUUCAAUCUCAAAAUCAACAAAAAAACUUUUAUAAUCCGAGCUAAAAAAACAAUACAAUAAGUGAGGGUAAUUCUUAAUUUUAUGACUACCAUAUCAAUGAAAAGAGGAAUUCAAGUGUACAAAGUAGGAAUUUCAGAAUGAAAACAUUAAAUAAUAGUCCAUCUAAUAAGGAUUACUACUAAAAUGAUAAUUAGCUCACAAAACGACAUAAUAGUAGCCAGAUAUAAAAAGAUUUAUCAAACUAAUUUGGUUUAAACAAGAAAAGUGGUAUAAAUAUGCAAAAAAGAAACAGUCUUACUAAUAAAAUUGUAAAAAAUUAAGAAAGGAAUGGAAAUGAAGUGAUUUAAAAUUAUAACUAUAAUCCAAACGUUCAAAUUAAUAAUAGCAAUCAGUCGUAUUUAACUAAAUAAAAAAUUAGAUAAAGCCUUGAGUAAAAUAAUAAUGACUACUCUUUAGUAGAUGAGACAAUUUCUUAAAUGAAAUAGUAGAUAAACAUUUAUUGCAAAUAAAAUAAGCAAGAGUAAAACCCCUUUGAAAUAUCUCCACCUUAAAACAGCAAUACACUCUAGAAAGGCAGCUAUGACCCAUCUUCAAAAAUUUUGAUGCAAUAAUUAUUGCAAUAAAGUAGGUAAAUGAAUGAAAAAGAUAAUAUAGUUAUAGAAACGAAAUCUUACACUAUUAGCAAGAAUUAGACCUAAUGA